AUGGCGUGCCUUGAUUCGGAUGAAGAUUCAUCGAGUGAUUAUGUACCAUCAUCAGAUGAGGAUUGUAGAGACGAAAAUGCAGAGAGUGAGGAAGAAGUAGGAGAAGAAGAAGAAGGGGAUGAGGACAUGAGGAUGAAAAAAGUGUUUGAGCGAUAUGAGGAUGAAAAAGGUGCAGAUUGUAGUGAAGAUGAGGAGCAGGAAGAUGAAAUUGUGGUAAGGAAUGACUUGAAGUGGUGGAAAUCUAGUGAGGACAAACACAGGCGGGAGAAACGCUGUCACGAGGAUAAUGGAGUCUAUCGAAAGCGUUAUUGGUGUCCAAUCGAUAAGCGAGCUCACCAUGAGACAAGGAAAAACUUACGGCAAGAGAAAACACGGUAUCACGUGUAUAAAUUUGUACUUGCAGGCUUGAUGGCGGUGUAUUUGAUACAAUUUGCACUUGUGGAUUCCGCCUCGUUGUGGGCGUUUUCGAUGGUAAAGUGGAGACAUUCGGUUAAUGAAAGAAAUGAGUGGAAGGAUGAUCUUAUUAGCCAUGCUAGAAUGAAUAGCAACGGACAUAGUGACGAAAGUUCAAGGUUAACAGCUCAUUCCUCACAAACGCAGAUUCCAGAUUAUGUGCGCUCUAGUCUAUACUUGUGUGCAACGCUUUCACGACGCGUGAUCAAGUCAGAACACGAUGCUACAGUUACGCAACAUGCAUUGCGUGCUUGCGAUAUUGCUGUGAAAUUGGCACCAAACCAUUCGCAUGAGGCUAUUGAGGCUCACGUUCUUCGCGGGGAUUUGCUAAGUUUGAUUUUGCGGUUUCAUAAUGCUGAUGAAGAUUACAAAGCCGCAAUGGCAAUGCUCGAAAGCAGCGGCACGAAUCCUCAAGUAGCGCUGGACUUAUUUCAAGACGUAAACCUCAAAAAGUUGGCCAACCACUGGACACUACUGUACAAGACGAAGAGGUUUAAGGAAUUGAGACGUGAGGCUAAAGCCCGGGCGGUACAUGCCAAGCACGAUAUUGGCAAGGAUUACCGUGCACGUUUGGCAAGCGAGCUGGCAGCCGAUUGGCUGCGUGCAUUUAAGCAGGAAAAAAGUGUGCUAGAAGCGCUUACACUUCAGCGCAGCUACACGCUUCGUCGUCUAGGAUACAAAGCCUUGGACGGUGACUGCAGAGGUAGUAAACAUGGUGUCGCUUAG